CCGCGUUCGGCAGCGUUCAACAUCUGUCUCUCUCUCCUACUUGAGCGAGCGAUGCAUCCGCGCGGACAGCUGCUAUACAAUAAUACAUUUACAUGUUUUCGUCAAGUAUGAAGUUCAGUGAAAAGUGAAUGUGGUGUCAAUUGUCCAUACAAAAUAUCUAUCAAACAAAUAAAAGUAAAAUUUUGAAAAAUGAAACCAGUCCAUCAGUAUUGUCUUAUGACGUUGUCACGUUCAACUAUCGUCAGUAAACCGACUUUAUAAUAAGUAAUAAGUCAAACAUAUUAUUAUGUUCGCGGAAGGCUAUUUUUGCGAUGAGCUGUCAUACUAUCGAAUUUAAUUAAAUUGGUGGGGCAGCGGCUAUACAGUUGAGCUUUAACCGCAUGGUGGAUAGUAGAAAUGUAACCUUGCCACUCCUUUAGCGCAAUACUUAUUGUAGGCGAUAAAACGAACUUCACAUAAAAAACUGUAUAAACAAUUUUAAUACCUCUAAAAAAUUAGUAUUAAGCUGUAAAAGUAAUUUUAAUAUCAAUUAAAAAUUUAUUUGAAGCUUAAUUUUAAUAUAUUUCAUUUUAACCUACAAAUAAUUAAAUUCAAUCAACAUUCAAUCGUAAUUAGCAAUGAAACGUAAUGAAUAAUGAUUUUCCUUUAGUUUAAUAUUUUACGUCGCGUGUGAUGGUCGUGCUUUUGUUUGUUAUUACACUGCUCUCGGCGCUCUCCACAACAACCAUACAUGCAGCACGAAUUUUGAGGAUAAAGAAACCCCUGAAAUACGAAAUCGAAUAUCAAGAAAAAAUCGAUAGAAUACUAACAGGAUCAAAGGACUGGAAAUAUUUUGAUCCAGAAACAUAUUCUGAUGAAGCUGGUCAAAACAGUACGGGAAUAAUAGGAGGCUGUCACUGGAUUACAGAGGUGGAAAUUUAUUAUAUGUUGGAAGAUCUCUCACGCAAUAAAUCAUGGCCGAUUGUUCAGUCAAAGUAUUUACAACAGAAAAUUAAAACAACUCGCUGCGUGAAAACCAAGGAAUCCUGCUACGAAGAAUUCGGUUUGAAUAAAUUAGGAUUGUCGUCCGUGUGCAAAGAAAGUUAUCGCCUCAACAAAAUUUACUUCUACGAUCCCGACCGAAAUAUGAUCUAUACAAAAAAGAUGACUAUACCGUACUGCUGCACCUGUACUAUCCUUAAAGAAAACCCUGUCCAAGACUAUCAAUGCUUAAAAACCUAAUCGACAAUAAAAAAUAUAAAAACAUCUGAAUAUA